CAGAGAACCGAUCGAGUUCGAGUCUACCAUAUGUUGUGAAUUCUAUGUAAAAGCACUUCAGGAAAAUGGCUAGCGUUGAAGAACUUCGAGCUAAAGUACAACAGUUAGAAGAUGAGUUACAGGCAGAGAAGAAUAAAAAUAUUUCUCUGACAGGAAGGCAAAAAAUAGAGACGAUGAGCUCGGAAGUAGUCGACAGUAAUCCAUACAGUCGUCUGAUGGCAUUGAAGCGGAUGGGCAUUGUUGAUAAUUAUGAGAGAAUCCGAGAUUUCACAGUAGCUGUGGUUGGUGUAGGAGGUGUUGGGAGUGUCACUGCUGAAAUGCUGACUAGAUGUGGAAUAGGAAAGCUGUUGUUGUUCGAUUAUGACAAAGUGGAGCUCGCCAACAUGAAUCGUCUUUUCUUUCAACCUCAUCAAGCUGGGAUGAGUAAAGUACAAGCAGCAGAAAAGACUCUAAGAUCUAUCAACCCGGAUGUAGAGUUUGAGACUCAUAAUUACAAUAUCACCACUAUGGAGAACUUCAAACAUUUUAUGAGCAGGAUUCAGAAUGGUGGUAAGAAUGGUGGCGCUGUUAACUUGGUGCUAAGUUGUGUAGAUAACUUUGAAGCAAGAAUGGCAAUCAAUAUGGCAUGCAAUGAAAUAAAUCAGAACUGGAUAGAAUCAGGAGUUAGUGAGAAUGCAGUAUCUGGUCAUAUACAACUCAUCAAACCGGGAGAAACUGCUUGUUUUGCUUGUGCCCCUCCUUUGGUAGUAGCAGAGAACAUUGAUGAGAAGACAUUAAAGAGAGAAGGUGUCUGUGCGGCUAGUCUUCCAACUACCAUGGGGGUCGUAGCAGGUCUCCUGGUACAAAACACACUCAAAUAUCUACUGGAGUUUGGCAGUGUAACUCACUACCUUGGAUAUAGUGCCCUAACAGACUUCUUCCCUACAAUGUCAAUGAAACCAAACCCUAAUUGUGAUGACAGUUUUUGUAUAAAUUGUCAAAAAGAAUUCCAGAAGCAGCAAGCUUUGAAUCCAGUAGCUGAGGUAGAAGAAAGCAAAGAAGAAGAGGUCAUACAUGAUGAAAAUGACUGGGGAAUUGAAUUAGUAGCUGAAACCAGUGCAGAUGAUCUAGUUUCCAAACCAGCCCCAGAGCUUGCUAGUGGGAUCUCAUAUGCCUAUGAUAAAGGAGCUGAUCAGAUAUGUGAGCCUGGCGGGGAAGGUAGUGAAAGUGUAAGGGAGAACCAAGAUGAUGGAGAAUCACUAGAUGAUUUGAUGGCAAAGAUGAAGAACCUUUGAAACGAAACAUUUUAAAGCUAUCCUUCUAAAAGCUGAUAAAUACCAGAAACAGCUGAAAAUGACCAAGAACACCAUGGAAAGGUUCAUAGAAAUCCUUUAUGAUAUCAGUGGACGAAGUCAGUGGAUGUUUUUACUGCAUAUGCCU